GGAGAGGGCGGGUGGAAGAGAGCGGCAGAAAAACCUCAAUUAGUUUCCUAAUUGAGUCUUUCCAGAGGCUAAUUAAGUGAGACACUUCUUAUAUAUCCAGCUAAAUAUAUAAAUAUAGAGAGAUAUAUAUUACAAAGCAUUCCAGUGGAGCACUUCUCUUGUUAAGGAAGCCUCCCAGCAGUUUCUGAAGUUCUUAUUGUGUUGGAUUGAUUCACAGUCAGUUUAGAUCUAUUUUUUUUUACACUUCUUCCACUAUUUUUUUUUUUGCUUUGAAAAGUCUACAUUUGUACCUGCUUAGCCAGUUUAUUGGAUCAGAUUGUCUAACCUUAUCUACUUUUCAUAACAACGUUGGCCUUGGGAUUCUAAGGAAAUGUCGAGAAGCAACAUGACCUUUUUCGAGACUAUGGUAUACGGCCAUGAUUUGUGCACGGAAUGGCACAAUACCACAGAGGGAGCUGUGUACCAGCUGGCAAACACCAUCUUCAGCCUGGCCUACAUGGGGGGCAGUGGGGUGUUUGGAGCCAUCUACAUUUACAGCCUACUGGCUCCCGGCUUUCUCUGUUAUGCUCUUUGGGGAUGGCUGGAGGCCUGCGGGGUCGACAUCUUUGCCUGGAGUUUACUGUUACUUUUUCUUUGCCUGGGGCAGUUGGCACACCUCAUCUAUCGUUUGCGCAAGGACAGCUUUGAGGAGGAAUUUGACAGCCUCUAUAAGUGCAUCUACCUUCCCUUGGAGGUGCCUAUAUUUUUCUACAAGGAGAUCAUCAAAUGCUGUGACUGCCAGGUGCUGUCCAUGACCAAGGAUCAGAAUUAUGCAGUUGAAGGCAAAACCCCUAUUGACAGACUUUCAUUUCUGCUUUCAGGGAGGGUGCGGGUAUCCCUGGAAGGCCAGUUUCUCCAUUAUAUUUUUCCAUACCAAUUCCUCGAUUCACCUGAAUGGGAAUCACUACGACCCACUGAAGAGGGAAAAUUUCAGGUGACCCUGACAGCAGAAACUGAGUGCCGCUAUAUCACCUGGAGGAGGAGGAAGCUUUAUAUGUUACUUUCCAAAGAACGUUACAUCGCCCGUCUCUUUUCAGUGAUGCUGGGAAAUGACAUCACUGAUAAAUUAUAUUCCCUCAAUGAUAAACUGUUUGCCAAGAGUGGUAUCCGCUUCGACAUCCGCCUGCCCAGCUUGUACCACGUGCUUGGACCCUCCUCCAGCGAGGCUGACAGCGAAAAAGACAGGAACCAAGAGCUGGGGGACACAUUUGGGCCAGUCGAACAGAGGACUUCACCAGUGCCUUCCCCCCGAAAGACAACUCCCUCCAUCCCAUUUUCUAGCCAUGCACCCAGGGACCACUGGUCAACAGAUACAGAACUGCCUGCCCAUGAAAGCCCAGCAGAAAGGAAUCCAAGGCGCGUGGAUCGAGAACGGGCUCCUCUCGCACCUACGGACACCCCUGAACUCUAAGACCAAGCACUCAUCAGUGGAGAAAGACAAGCCAACAGAUACAUGGACACUGUUUUAUAUAUUAUUAAUAAUUCAGACAACUUGCACUCAGAUUCACAAAGAAUGAGGUUGAACUGCACAAGCACCAAUCAUAACGUGUGAGUAAGUGGGAAUUCAACAUUUAUAGCACUGUUGUUUUAUGAUGCAAUUUUGAAUAACAUUUCUCCAAUUUGACAUAUAACAUAUAAAAAAUAAAUGUUUGUUUUAAUGUGA